AUGUCCGAGGCUUUCGCGAACGCGAAUGAAUUCAAUGGCGACAUCGAACGUUGGGACGUCUCUCGCGUGAAGAAGAUGUUCCGAAUGUUUUACCGCGCAUACAAUUUCAACGGCAAUCUCACGAACUGGAACGUCGCAGAGGUGACGGAUAUGAACCAGAUGUUCGCCAAGGCGUAUAAGUUUAACGGAGAUAUCGCUUCGUGGAACGUGCGUUCCUCUCCUGAUAUGUACCUCAUGUUUCAAGACGCAAAAAGUUUUGAAGCAAACGUCACGGGAUGGAGCGAUGGGAGCGACACGAGGGGUACGUUUGUAGGCGCCAUCGCAUGGCACAAAAAGUACGUCUUGAGGGCGUGUGGGAAUAACAUUGACUCCUGUGGAUUAAACGCUGACUCAUCCGGGCCAGCCUCGUUCCGGGAGCGAAUCGUAUUGAAGUACAGUGCAUUGACGGAUCAGACUUUCCGCACCGCGUUUAAAGAAUGCUUAGCAACGAAUCCUUUAGAUGGUAAAUGUGACCUCGGCUACGGCUGGAUGUCAGAUUGGGAUACGAGCGCGGUUACGGACAUGUCAAAGCUAUUCUAUAGAUCUGGAUAUGGGUAUAGGUCGCAAAAGUUCAGUGUCGACAUCAGUAACUGGGACACGAGCAACGUUACGAAUAUGAAGCAGAUGUUUCAAUACGCCAAGGAUUGGAACGGGGGAGAAAUCGGAAACUGGGACGUCGGCGCGGUCACGGACAUGUCUGAAAUGUUCCAAUACUCUGAUUUCAACGUCGACAUCGGUCGUUGGAACGUCAGCGCGGUCACGUCCUUCCAAGAUACGUUUGCAUCAUCCCAAUUCAACAAACCCAUCGGCGACUGGCCUGUGCGCGCGGCGAGUAUGAGAAUGAUGUUCGCCAGUUCAGAGUUCAAUCAAGAUAUUUCGCGAUGGGACACGAGCGAAGUGACGGACAUGAGUUACAUGUUCUGGUAUAAUGAUAACUUCGAUCAAGAUCUAAGCGGCUGGUCCGUGGCGAAAAACCCGGGCAGGACAAUGAUGUUUUAUUCGUGCUCCCGUUUCGGAGGCGCGAACUACGCCCCGAAGAGCGGAUAUGGAUGUCAUCAAUGCUUCGAUAAUUGCUGUGAACUCCACGUGUAUCCGCCUCCGCAGCCGGCGCCGCCGUUUCCCCCGCCGCUCGCGCCCGGUGUCGUUCUCGUAUUCGAAGACAAGGCUUCGCUCAAGGAGGCUGUCGACGAUUGCCUCGAGAGGGAUCCCGUGAACGGGUGCGCGGGUAUGGACACAUGGGACGUGAGUAACGUCACGAACAUGGAGAGCAUGUUCAGUGGCGCUUCCUCGUUCAACGGCGACAUCUCUGGCUGGGACGUGAGUAAAGUCACGAACAUGGAGAGAAUGUUCAUGGAAACCAACUCGUUCAACGGCGACAUCUCUGGCUGGGACGUGAGCAAGGUCACGAACAUGGAACGCAUGUUCAAGGACGCUUCCUCAUUCAACGGCGAUAUCUCUGGCUGGGACGUGAGCAAGGUCACGAACAUGGAGAGCAUGUUCAGUGGCGCUCCCUCAUUCAACGGCGACAUCUCUGGCUGGGACGUAAGCGGCGUCACGAGAAUGGAACGCAUGUUCAGUGGUGCCUCUGCUUUCAAUGGCGAUAUCUCCGACUGGGACGUGAGCAAGCUUAUCAUAAUGGAUUGGAUGUUCGCCUAUGCCCGUGCUUUCAACAGCGAUAUGUCGAAGUGGGACGUGAGCAAGGUGCGGAACAUGCACGGCGUGUUCUAUGGUGCUACAUCGUUCGACGGCGAUAUCUCUGGCUGGGACGUGAGCAAGGUCACGAACAUGGAGAGCAUGUUCAGUGGCGCUCCCUCAUUCAACGGCGACAUCUCUGGCUGGGACGUAAGCGGCGUCACGAGAAUGGAACGCAUGUUCAGUGGUGCCUCUGCUUUCAAUGGCGACAUCUCCAAAUGGGACGUGAGCAAGGUCACGAGAGUGGAUUACAUGUUUAGUGGUGCCUCUGCUUUCAACUGCGACAUCUCCAAGUGGGACGUGUCCUCAAUUUGGAAUAUGGAGGAAAUGUUCAAAGACGCGACGUCUUUCAACAUCGAUAUUUCCGAAUGGAACGUGCGCGCGGUCUCCAAAAUGCCGAGGAUGUUCUCAGGCGCGACUUCGUUCGACCAAGACAUUUCGAAAUGGCAAACAUGUAGUAUGCGCAGUAAGUGGGGUAUGUACAACAUGUUCACUAAUGGGAACGCGAUCACGGAGUCGUUCAAGCCAACUAUGGGCCGUUGCGAAGGCGUUCGCGUGUUCAAAUCGAAUACAGCUUUCAAAGACGAAGUGAAGAGGUGUGGUAAAAACAUGGCUAGCAUGGAUAGCUGUACUUCAAGUGAGAUCAAGUGGCUUAAUAUGAGCGACUGGGACGUGAGCAAGAUUACUGACAUGAGGGAUACAUUCCGCUUUCUCUCUAAUUUCAACGGCGACAUUUCCAGGUGGGACGUGAGCAGUGUCACGAACAUGAACGGCAUGUUCUCCCACGCCUCCGCUUUCAACGGCGAUAUCUCCAAGUGGGACGUGAGCAGUGUCACGAGCAUGAACGGCAUGUUCGAGCGCGCCUUUGCUUUCAACGGUGACAUCUCCAAGUGGGACGUGAGCGAGGUCACGAACAUGGAGAAGAUGUUCGAGGACGCCUUUGCUUUCAACGGUGACAUCUCCAAGUGGGACGUGAGCGAGGUCACGA